GGCACGGCUCCCAGAUGAUCUGCUCGGUCACGGCUGGAGACAGGCUGAGUCUCCCCUCCACACGGAGAGAGCUGGAGAAGCCGGAGGGGGACACGGCACAGGUUCCCGUGACAUUUGACGAUGUGGCGGCGUACUUCUCUGAGGACGAGUGGAAGGAUCUGGAGGAAUGUCAGAAGGAAUUAUACAAAGACAUGAUGAAGGAGAACUACGAGGCCCUCAUAGCGCUCGGUAAUCAUACCCCCUUCUGUCUUGUAGAGGACGGCCCGGUGAAUGACAAAGAAAAGAUCAUCUCAAAGUACACCGAGAAGCUGGACAAUGGUGACCCCUCGGCACUGCCCGCGCUGGAAGCCCCUUCGGCAUGUUCCGGCGGUGUGGGUUACGGUGGCAGUCAGUCUUCCCGAAGUCAGUCCCGGGGGAACCAGGAGGAGGACAAAGCCGACCACACCUCCUCCUACCUGGACAGCUUCAGCCCCAGCAUGGCCCAGGGCGACCCCACCAGGGAGGAGGGAGAGAAGGCCUAUCAGUGCACAGAGUGCGGGAAGAACUUCCGGAAGCGAGACAGUCUGAAGCGCCAUCAGCAGACCCACACCGGCGAGCGUCCCUACAACUGCAUAGAGUGCGGGAAGAGUUUCAUCCAGAAGCAGCACUUGGUCACCCACCUCAGGACCCACACGGGGGAGCGGCCUUUCAAAUGCGAGGAGUGCGGGAAGAGCUUGAGCACCAACGAACGGCUGAAGAUCCACCAGAGGAUCCACACCGGGGAACGCCCCUACAAGUGCGAGGACUGCGGCAAGAGCUUUCGAGCCCACCGGGUGCUGAAGGUCCACCAACAGACACACACCGGUGAACGCAUCCACAAGUGCGAAGAGUGCGGCAAGCGGUUUCGGCACAAGCAGACGCUCAUGGCUCACCAGAGGAGCCAUUCCGGGGAGACCAGUUACAGCUGCAACGAGUGCGACGAGAGCUUCCGAACCUUCAAGCACCUGAAGUUCCACCAAAAGCUGCACCGCGGAGAAAAGCCGCACGAAUGCGAGGACUGCGGCAAGGGGUUCCGUAAGCGGGAACACUUGAGACGCCACCAGCAGAUCCACACGGGUGAACGUCCUUUCUCCUGUGAGGAAUGCGGCAAGGGCUUUAUCCAGAAACAUCACCUCAUCCGGCACCAGAGAACCCAUUCCGGCGAGCGACCGUUCACUGUGGUCAUUGUGGAAGAGUUACCCUAUCCGAACUCCGCCAAUGGCAACUGCCGAGGCAGCCCGCACAUCUGCAGCGAGUGCGGAAAGAGCUUCACCACGUACGAGCACCUGAAGAGACACAGCCGCCUCCACACCGGUCAACGGCCCAACAAGUGCGAAGACUGCGGCAGGACCUUCAAGUCCCAGAAACUCUUGAAAGCCCAUAAAAAGGCCCAGGACGAGGAGACCGGGCAGUGCCGGGAUGAAGACAGCGAGAACAGCGAGAGCCAGCGGCCAGCACCGGGAGAGAAGCCGUUUGAGUGCGGCGAGUGCGGCAAAAUGUUCCGCUUCCUGAAGCACUUGAAGUUCCACCUUCACACCCACACCGGGGAGAGGCCCUUCAAGUGCGAGUCUUGCCAGAAGACGUUCCACAAACGGGACUGCCUGAAGAGACACCAGCAGAUCCACACCGGGGAGCGACCGUUUACCUGCACCGACUGCGGCAAGGGCUUCAUCCAGAAGCAGCACUUGGUGAGGCACCAGAGAACUCACACCGGGGAACGCCCCUACAUCUGCAGUGAGUGUGGAAAAACAUUCAGCACCUGCGAGCACCUGAAGAUCCACGGUCGCACCCACACCGGGGAAAAACCGUACAAGUGCAACGACUGCGGGCAAAGCUUCCGCAAGCGGGAGUACCUCAAGUGCCACCAGCAGACUCACACUGGAGAACGCCCCUUCACCUGCUCCGAGUGCGGCAAAAGCUUCAUCCAGAAACACCACCUCAUUGCGCAUCUCCGCACCCACACCGGAGAAAGACCUUACCAAUGCAACGACUGCGGCAAAACCUUCCGGCACAAGCAGAAUCUGACCACGCACCAAAAGAUCCACGGCAUUGGAUUGUAGGGUCAAAAUGAAUGGCUUUUUAUUGAGUUUCAGUGUUGCUCUUUUAU